CUGGCUUUGACCAACUUAGAGAUGCCACCGAAGGUGAACCGCCGUGCUGAGCACAUGAGGAGGACCUGGAAUGCCCGCAGGCAGACCAGUGUUCGCCCUCCCCCUGAUGACCCCUGCUGUAUGGGCACUGGAGAAAUCCAUCCCCCCCCUGACUACGCUGUUAUAGCGAGCCAUAAUGCUGAAAAAGCGCAAAAACAAUUUCCGAGACCCUUUGACAAAACCUUUGAAAAAAACCUUGAAAAAACCUCUCCGAGACCCUUUGCAAAAACCUCUGAAAAACCUCUGCCUGUUUCUGAUCAGUCUCUGCCUCCUGCUGCUCAAUCUCUCUCCAUGUCUGACAAUGCUCCUGAACAGAAUAAUCCCAUGUCUGAUGCUUUUGUCCUUGAGCAGUGUGUUGAAAAGCAGGUCCCUGACACCAUGACUGAAGCUGUUGAGCCUACACCUGAAUCCAACCUUGUUGCACACCACCCUGAUGAAGCGCCACCUGCUGGGAACAAUGUUGCCAAAGCACCUGAGAAUUUUUUCUUACAAGGGUCCUUCUCACAGCUUCACCACAGAUUUGGGGCUAAUGCAGGCAAACAGUGUGUAGCUAACAGUUUAGCAGCGGUCAUGAUGAAUAAGCUUAAAAGUAUAACAACCUGGAGUGAUGACAGAGGCAACAAUGACAUCGACACUGUUCUUAUUGAAGGUAACAAGUUGUACUCUUCUCUUAAAGAUGGUGGUCACAUUGGUGGAAGAAGUGGGUAUCUGCUGAUCGAUGAACUACCAAAUUCAUAUGUGAUGAAAGAUGCACAUUUUGAAAUAAAGUAUGGUCCAAGUUUCUGUGGUAUGGUUGGUGUUUUUGAUGAGCCUCAGGAUUCAGAUAUGAGGGACAUUAAUGUACCACUGGAUGUAGCUAUUCAAAGAGCACUGAUAGAUCAUGAUGCUUGCUUUAUCACUUUUGGUAGUAACACGUGUGGCUGUUAAGCACUUCCAGUACUU